GCCUCGCAAACCCAUUUCCUAUCCAUCCAAAAGAAUAAAAGGCCUCCGCAAACCCUAACCUCACCGGCGGCGGCGGCGGCGGCGGAGAUGGACCCCGACUCAGUGGCGAAGGCGUUCGUCGAGCACUACUACCGCACGUUCGAUACCAACCGGGCGGCGCUGGUGGGGUUGUACCAGGAGGGCUCCAUGCUCUCCUUCGAGGGCGAGAAGUUCCAGGGAGCCGCCGCCAUCGCCACCAAGCUCACCUCCCUCCCCUUCACCAAGUGCGCCCACACCGUCGUCACCGUCGACUGCCAGCCCGCCGGCCCCACGGGCGGCAUGCUCGUCUUCGUCUCCGGAUCCCUCCAAGUCGACGGCGAGCACCACAUCAAGUUCUCCCAGAUGUUCCACUUGAUGCCACUCGGACCAGGGAACUUCUACGUGCACAACGACAUGUUCCGCCUGAACUACGGCUAAGAACCGUCACAGAGGUUGUGCUUCGUCAUUGAAGACAGAAUGCUAUGCAAAAGGAAAUAAUCUAGUUGUGUUUUUUGUGUUCAAUGGUGAAAGCUUUGUGGUGCUUCCUGCUCAGCAGCAUAUGAGAUUCAGUGGGGAUAAAACAUGACACCCUUUAUGGACCUGGGUCUGAAAAUUGUACUGUGGUCAUUCUCACAUCAAUGUUAUGUGGAGGUCAAUGGGAAAACUUUGGCCCAUUUUCAUCA